UGAUCAAGAGUUAUGGGAAAAUCGAACACCAAUUCCUUCCAGUGAAGAGUUUGACGAAAACCAUUUCCUUGUCUGCGCGUGAGAUUAUGGAGUUAAUUAAUUGAUUAAUUAACUCUAUGGUGCAAGUUGCAACGACCCAGUAGAGAAAGGCUUGGUUUUUGUGGUAUCAAACGUCAAACAAACCAGUUGGGUUUUUAACCACGGAUUGAGAAAGCUAUCCACAAAUACAUAUCUCUCUCUCUCUCUCUCUCUCAUCCUUGUUUUGUGCCAUAAUCACAGCUUGUUUUCAAGUUUCAAUGGAGCACCUGUUGGGCCUUCUUAGAGUUCGAGUGCAGAGAGGGGUAAACCUUGCUAUUAGAGAUGUCACUGCCAGAACCAGCGAUCCUUAUGUUGUCAUCAAAAUGGGCAAGCAGAAGUUAAAGACUAGUGUAGUGAAGAAGAGUACCAAUCCCGAGUGGAAUCAAGAUUUAACACUUUCAAUUGCAGAUCCAACUCUUCCAGUCAACAUUCAUGUGUAUGACAAAGACACAUUUACUCUUGAUGACAAAAUGGGGGAUGCUGAGUUCGAGAUUGGCCCGUUUCUUGAAGCGUUACGGGUGCGGGUGCAAGGCGUACCAAGCGGAACUGUACUUUCCAGAGUGCAACCGAGCAGGCAAAACUGCCUAGCUGAAGAGAGCUGCAUCAUCUAUACUGAUGGCCAAGUUGUCCAGAACAUGUGUAUCAGACUGAGAAAUGUGGAGAGGGGGGAACUGGAACUCCAGUUACAGUGGAUUGAUAUUCCUGGUUCUAGGGGUUUGUAAAUUUUCUUGUCAAAUUAGUCCUCUGCUUUGGCAUUAUGGAAGAGAUUUGGAGCAUUGUAAUACCACCAGCUCUGGAUUGGAUGAGUUUCUUCAAUGGGUUCCUUUGUUAAUAGGCUUAAAAACAGAGUGGUUUUGAGUGUAUCCUCCCCUUUAUUAUUGUAAACACGGUUUGUUGAAAAUAAAAUAGACAAGAAGAUGCAUAAAACAUAUGUUUGAAUAUGAUGAA